GUGAAUGUCAAAAAUGAGUGAUUUUUACAAAAAAUUCAAACGUUUUUUUCAUUUAACAAAAUUUUCAUCAAAUAACGACUCAUUUAAUGCAAUCAACAAUGGUCUAUUAUUCAACAAUCAAUAUAAUAUACCACCAGAAAUAUUACCGAUGAUAUUGGUUAACGUUGAUACGAAAACAUUGCACAAACAUUGUACGUUGGUAUGUAAACAAUGGAAUGCAACAAUUAAGGAAUAUGUAUGGAAAUUAAAAUGUGAACAAGAAUUAAUGAGAGAUGAUGAUUAUAAAAAUAAAUUAAAAUUAAUAAAAGAAAAACAAUAUUCAUAUAUUGUGUAUCAAACGAUAAGUGUAUUUAAAAAUUCAUUUUAUAAAAAUUUAAUAAAAAAUCCAUGUGGUAUGAAUGGUCUUAAAUAUUGGGUAAUCGAUCGAAAUGAUGAGAAUAGUUUUCGAAUUGAAGAUAUUCAAUCAUUUGAUAAUAAUAUUUGUACAAUUAAUGAUGAAAUGAAAGCAUGUAAAAUUACAAGAUGUUUUACAUCGUCUUUUGAAUCAAGUAAAAUACAAAUUAUUGAUUUAUUUAAAGAAACUGGUCUUUCACAACGAUUUAUUGAUGAAUAUCAACCGCCAAUUUAUAUAAGUGAAUGGUAUGGGAGUCGUCGUGAUAGUGAAUUGUGUUUUUAUGAAUUACGUGCUAUGUUAUUUGAUGCAGAUUAUAAAGAAAUUAAUCGGUGUAAUUGUAAUUAUACGUUUGAAUAUGAAGUUGAAGAAGGUCAAGGUUUUUUUCAAAAAGUUCAGCACGUAUUUAAAAAUUAUGGAAAGAAUGUAAGAUAUGUGUAUUUUUGUCACAUGGGAGUGGGCUUGAAUACACAAUUUUGGGAUUCUUUUUAUGGUACAAAAUUUACAAAUGCAAACGUACAGCUACUUUUUCCAAAAGAUACAAGUUUAGACCAUGUUAUAGAUGAAAAUUUACAUGAAUUGUAUCAUAAAUAUUGUACAGAAAAUUGUACAUCGUUCGAUUUCGAUAGAGACAUAAAACUUGUACUUUAG